UGGAACGCCGCCGCCGACGACGUCAGGCGACGUCGACGACGUUCUCCGUCGCGUACCCCGCGCGCUACCGCUACCCGCUCCACUCGUAACCAUAUCUGGACUUAAUUAUUGGGGCUGCCAAUUACUACUGCAACCAUUUCCGGCCUGAGAGCAACCCCAAUAAUUGGAAAAUGUCCGGAUUUGCGGCGGCGGGCCUCGGGGCCUUCGAUUCCAUCAAGUCAAAGGCAUCGCAAAAACUUGCUGGGUUCAGAAGAAGCAAUGCUGGCUACGAGGAAUUCGAAAUGCCCCGUGAGGGUAGCAAGGACAAUAAGGGGUUCGAAGAAGACGAAAGAGGAUACAGUAGACAAGGUUCGUUCGAAUCAUUCCCAGAACAUGAAAGGCCUCCACUGCGUCAUAUCGAUACUUACUGCAAGCCAGAAUGUCCCUGCUUAUCGAAAAGAUACACCAUUGCAUCUUUGGCCUGUAUAGGAUUUAUAAUUUCGUUCGGUAUGAGGUGUAACAUGGCCAUGGUGAAAGGAGCGAUGAAGAAUAGUACUAUAGGUGACAACCACACUCUCGAGUUCAACUGGACAAUUUCCGUCGAGAGUGCCUUGGACUCGUCGUUCUUCUGGGGUUACUUCGUGACUCAGGUGCCUGGAGGAUUUCUUGCUUCGCUCUAUCCAGCGAACAAAAUAUUCGGCGCUGCGAUUGCCAUAUCAUCGUUUUUGAACUUAUUGGUACCUGGUGCAUUGAAAGUAGACCCGAUCGUCGAUAUACUCGUACAAAUCUUAAAAGGAAUUGUAGAGGGUGUCACGUAUCCAGCGUGCCACGGUAUUUGGAAAUAUUGGGCACCACCCUUGGAAAGAUCACGAUUGGCAACGUUAGCAUUUUGCGGUUCAUACGCUGCGUUAGUUAUAGGAAUGCCGAUUUCGGGUUUCCUAUGUGAAUGGUUCGGAUGGACGGCGCCAUUUUAUUUCUAUGGUGUCGUUGGGCUGAUUUGGUACGCAUUCUGGUUGUGGUUGGCUUUCGAGAAGCCAUCGCAGCAUCCUUGCAUCUCGAUGCGAGAACUUCGUUAUAUCGAAGACUCCCUUGGCCAAGGGCAAGCACAAUUGCCUAUACCGACGUUCGCCACGACACCUUGGCGAAAGUUCUUAACAUCUAUGCCAGUGUACGCCAUUAUCGUAGCCAAUUUCUGCAGAUCUUGGAAUUUCUAUCUUUUGGUGCUGUAUCAAUCUCGGUUCCUCGAAGAAGCAUUCAAAAUGAAACUAGUCGUAACUGGAGUAAUCGGAGCACUUCCCCAUUUAUUGAUGACAUUCGUCGUGCCGUUUGGUGGGUUGUUGGCCGAUCAUCUACGUAAACGCGGGAUAAUGUCAACUACUAACGUGCGAAAACUCUUUAACUGCGGUGGUUUUGGCGUGGAAGCGAUCUGUUUUCUGAUCAUGGCAAGCGCAACGGUUCACAGAAAUGGUACUGUGGCAAUCUUCGCUCUCGCAUUCGGUGUUGCCUGUAGCGGCUUUGCUAUAUCCGGCUUCAACGUGAACCAUUUAGACAUUGCACCCAGAUACGCUAGUAUUCUGAUGGGAAUGUCGAAUGGAAUUGGAACAAUAGCUGGGCUCUUAGUACCAUUCUUCGUAGACAACAUCACAGAAAAGAAGGAUGCCCAGAGUUGGAAGAGUGUUCUCAUCAUGGCGGCAUGUGUUCACAUUUUCGGUGUAACAUUCUAUGCGAUCUUUUGUUCCGGAGAAUUGCAACCAUGGGCUGAUCCUAGCGUAGAAGAGCAGAAGAGUUGGAACGCCAUGGACGAAUUCGGACAAACGAAACCACCUGUCCCGCCACCGCCAAAUACUAUGCAAUCCGAAUUUAUUAAACAACCAUCCAUGGAUGGAGAUGCCCCCGAUAACUGGAACGAUUACGAGCAACCACCACCAUCAGACAGUACGUAUGGCCAGCAAGAUAAACCACCCAUAAUAAGCUACGGAUCGACAGAGACCAAUAGCAACAACCCGUUCCAUUCAACCAAUCCUUUCGCCACCGAUGUGAAUGCAUCUCUAGUACAACCGCCAGCCGCGGACUACUACUCGUACGAUGUGACGCAAAAUCAGCAGUGGAAAUAAAUUGAUCGAUGCCCGAUCGAUUACAGAGGGAAAUCGUCAAUUUCAAGCGAUGGACUCUUCGGUUGAUUGAUUAUGGUAAUUUUGUAACUGCUUCUGGUACUUCAGCUCUAAUUUUCGAACCUGCUGAAAUUUAUUUCGUCCGGACGACCAUUCUCCUUACUUUCAUUUCCAAUGGUUUUACUUGUGACAUUCAAACAGUUGAUCCAUUUUCUACAUGGAUUCACGCAUAAACCAUAUCAAGGUAGAUAGACUGAAGGAAAUGCUUCGACUUGUGUUUCUUGCGACGAAACUUUAUUUGAUUCGCAAGGAAAGUUAUAGAAGCAAAACGCCCUUUGUUAUUCUAAUUUCAUAAAAAUAUGUAUUCGUGUCCUUCGGUUUGUUUUAUCUUAUCACGAAGGUAUUCAGUUUAUUGCACACCAGCGCUAGAAGUUCAGAAUGGUAGUUUAACGAAGUCAAUAGAACGAAUAAGUACUAGAAGCAUACGGGAAGAACGACAAACAAGUUUUCAUUGGUUGUAGCAUCUUUUCAGUCGCAUGAUCGAGCUAACGCUGGCUUUAUAUUCCGAAGCAGCCUAUAAAGAGUGACACUUCUUUUUUAUCACAAUACCUAAGAGUGCAGAGUAUAGUGCUGUCGAAGGACGCAUGAGAAUUCGAACUCGUGAAACGGCCAUUUCACGAAGUAUGAGUCAAAUUAGGCCAGGACAGUUAACUUGUGGAGGACAAAACUUUUUUAAGAUAAACGAAGAAAGCUAUGCGUAAGGAGUGCAGAAGAGAAAAUAUCAAAAUGCACUUUGAAGGAAAUGUCCAUGCACAGAAAGAUCGAAAUAAUGGAAUAAUUAUUUCGAAAUUCGAGGGUAAGAUCGAAAUAAGAACUACCAGAGCAUGCUUUCUACGUUAAAAAAAUCGAUUUAAUGCCGUGGAAUCUGACGUUUAUACAAUGAAGCGAGUCGAAAUGAAUUAUUUGAAAUGAAAUUGGCCAAAUCGUUGAACGGUACUAUCCGCAGCGUACAGCGAUGCUGGAAGUGGCCUCGAUGACCACUUGUUAAGAAGAAAGAUCCCUAGAACGGAAAGAUUUUACUUCCACGAAGAACGAAAUUAUUCUUUGAUAGGGAAGCGUAAGCAGACAAUAAUACGCAGCCAAACCUUCGCUGACAAUAAUUCUUCGGAGACAAUAACUAGAAGGUUUGGAGGAAGCAAUGAUGAAAUCGGUUCAGCACGAUCGCUGGAACUUUUAGGUAUUUUCUAUUGUUCUGAUUUAUUUUUACGCUGAUAGCAGACCUCAACGAGAUAUAAAACUUUAGAAACAUAGCAAUAAACGGGAAACCAAUAUUGAAAAUGAAUGCCGGUCGUCAAGGGCGUGUUGGACGAAGGGACAUGCGCGCGCACCGUACUUCUGGCCGCGCAUUUUGAAAUAGUACAACCGGUUUGUUUAAUGAUAAACGAGCGCGCCAUGGUUAGAACGAAUUAAUUAUCAAUACGUCAAUAUUUUAACGACGAGAAUGGCGGGUUCUGAUAAUUAAUCCGUCGAUUUGGGGGAACGCUGUUCUGAGGGGUGUUCGAGACAAUUGGGGACGCGUUAGUGUGUUUAUCCAGGUACGAUCCGUACCUUAGACGAAAGUUGUUAUCCAAGCCUUUCGGGUUUCAACCUAAUCGCAAGCUGCGCGACAACCUAAUUGAAUUUUGAAAUGUAUAAAAAGAAUACUCGUAAGAAAGUGAUAACACAAUGAAAGUAUUAGUACGAUAAGACGUAAAGUACCGUAGAGCUCUAUUUGUUGGGACCUGAUUUCUUCGAGUGAAUUCUCACCUAGCGCACUGGGGAACGGAUCAGUGGGGAAAUUGAUAUUUAACCUCUUCAGCUAACACGUUUUCCUGUACCGUCAGUUUUUCAUUUGUUCGUGAACAUUACGACGAACGAUGUAUACAAAGUUGUACUAUAAACAAUACGAUUGGCCAUAGUGUCUUCUCCUUUUUCAAUUUGACGUUACAUAUUAAAUUAUUGAAUUGUCGAACAAAAUAGACGAUGUACAGUUUAACCCUUUGCUUUACAAUAACACGUAAGACUAGCGGUGAAGGUUUUAAAAUAUAAAUAUUACUCGAAUGAAAUAUCAUUUUUCCGUUAUCAAUUAUUUUAUUUUAAAUCAAAAGUGGGCAUGGAAUAUGCGUAGGAUUUUUCUCUUUUUCCAAUAAAUUAUUAAUGACAAAGUUGUUGUAUCCAUCACAGUUGAGAAACGAAUCAGUCUUUAAAUUUGCUCAAAGGCGCGAGAAGACUUUCUGACUAGUCCAAUAAUGUAACAGUAUUGUAAAUAGAGGAAGGAUACAAUUAGAAUGACCUUUAAGGUACCAGAUGAUUCUGAUGCUACUAUAGCUUUCAUCUCACGAUCUACCUUCCAAAUAAAAAGAAAGCUGACGGACUUCAUUAAAUUCCAAUGUUAGCUAACCGCAUGAAUUCUGAUCGAGUAUUCGGAUAAUAAUUAUUUCUGGCAUUCAACGUGUUUAUAUUAUCAAGACAAAGGUAGUCUGUAUAAUACAUAAUUACCCUUUAUAAUUUUGCUAUAGCAAAUCAAGUGGCGAUCGAGAGUCGCCUCUCGAGUGCAAAGGGUUAGAUAUCGGUAUUAUAAUAUUCACGCAUGUAUACGAAAUACCGUGUUCGAAGAGGUUAAAUUGUUUCACGAUUUAGAAAUCCGGGAAUGGGAAGAAAAACAUUCAUGAGAAUAAAGAUGUGUUAGCUCGGGAUCCUAAGUACCGCUGGCGUGCCGGGAAAGAAAAAAAUUGAUUCAUUCGGGAUCCUAGUAUUCUUAGGAUAAAGGGUGCAUCGGUUCGGAUACAUCGAGUUCUACCGUACGUAAUUCGAUGAAAGUAUAUUCAUGAAAGUACGAACGUGAGUUCGAAAAAUUAGGAACAAGCCGCGUUAUAUACAUUGUCCUAGAUGUUUGUACUUCGUAUAAUUAUACAUGUAUUAGCACACGUACACACGCAUACACAGACACACAUACUUACAUGUACAAACGUAUAUGUAUUUCGUUACUCUAUAACGAAUGUUUGUCGGAAUGGCAAGAUACAUACGUUGAUUGAGACGACAGGAUGUCCAACCUAUUGCAUUGUUUCGCGGGCGAAUCGUAAUACAAUAUAAAUGUAUAUAAACAUACGUUCCGGAAGUAUACAUAAUGACGUGUGUACAGUUGAACGUCGGUCGAUCGUUUGUACAAUGAAAGUUAAACGGACUAACAGAUCAGAAGAAGACCUGAACUUGACUGAAUUAAGGAAAGUAUUUGAAAAUGUACUUUAUAUAUGUACAAAUACAUGUUGUUUAACGUCUACUGAAUUAUAUUGCGCAGUGUAUAACAAAUGGAUUGUUCGUAUGCACAGUGAAAAUUAAACGAACGAAAAAUUAGAGGAUUUGAAUUUGACUGAACUAAAGAAAGUACUUGAGAAAGUACUGUGCUAUAUAUAUACAUAUGUGUAUAAAUACAUAUUGUUUAACGUCUACUGAAUUAUAUUAUACGUAUAAAAAUGGAUUGUUCGUAUGCACUGGGAAAAUGAAAUGAUUGAAAAAUUAGACAAUGAAUUUCAAUUCGACCGAAUUGAGGAAAUUAUUUGGGAAAAUACUGUACGUAUAUAAAUAUUUACAUAUUAUUUAAUUUCUAUAAAAUUACAUUUUGCUACGUACGAAAGUUAGUCUCGGGAAAGUAUUUGAUAAACAAUGAAUACAUUGAAAAUCAUAACAUUACGCUAUGAGUACAUGGAUCUUCUAAAAGUUAGAAUACUAUUCAAAUGAUUUAAAUAUGUACAUAUGAAAUUUGGAUAAAAUGAAUUUUUUACAUCAACAAAUUCGAAGGACAUAGCAACAGCGAAAAGAUUUCAAACAAAAAUGCUUCGUUUCAAAUUCAAAUUACUGGGAAGCAUACGUCGAAAAUGUACUUACGAAACAAUCUAUAGAUCUCUUAUCACAUAAGGAUUAAUAUUAUAAUGUCAAAUCUAGUUUUAACUUUGAUGAAUGGGGAAAACUCUAAAAUGUUACGCGAAAGACAAUAAACAUUUCUCCAUUGCAAUUGUAUUGCUACAAAUUAUGUUGAAUUUUUUAUGUUAGUAAUCUAAAAAAAUUAGUUUGAAGGGAGACACCGAGAAAUAUUUUAUUAUUUUAUAAACAUGUAAGAAAGUAUAAGAGAAUCUCAAUUAUCGUAGAAUGGAAAACUAUAUUUUAUAUAAAAUAUGAUCACUGUUAACGUUUCUGAGUGGCUAUACAAAUAAAAUGAUAGUAACAAUAAAGGGGGACGUAUAAAUCAGAAACGAUCGAUCGACGCUUCACUGUAUACACCUAAGUAUCGAAUCAUAAAGUUACAUACACAAAUGGGCACUUUGUAUCAAUAUUAUUCGAGCAGCCCAUUUUUUCGUUGCCCAGAAAUUCACGAGAUUAGUCAAUUUACGCGAUACCUUUCUAAGAGUUAUAGAUUCAUAAUAUAAAGUAUAUUAAUUAUAUAUAAUAUAUAUUAUGUUAUAUAUAUAUAUUAUAUAUAUAUUAUAUUUACAUAGUUAUAUACAUAUUACUGUAACUAAUACACAGUGUGCCCAAGUUAUCUGAGAACAGUUAAAUACCUCAUAAGCGAUUAAAGAUAUGCAAGAAUUGUCGCUACAAAAUUCUUUUCGUUUAAAGAUGAACUCUAUACAAUAAUAGUCUUUCUGUAGACAGCUAUAGUGAAGAUUUCCUGGUUAAUUAAAUUUUCUUUUAAUAAAAGAGAUAUAUAAAGACUAGAUCUAUCAAUAAUGCUUUCCUCAAAAAAGCGGAAAAGUUUUUAGGCAACAAUUCUUUCCGUAUCUUCCAUCCCUGUUGAAAAACUGAAUUGUUCACAGAUAAUCCAAGCACGUUUUACCUAUACGCAUAUACAUAUACGUACGUGUCGAGUUCGUGUUAUUCGAAGUAUAUUUUUUGAUUCGCGUUAGCUUUUCCGUAUCGACAUUCCGUGAGAUUGGUUGCAAUGUUUUCCUCGCAAAAUUGUAUUCUUUUAUAGUUAGAAACGCUUACAGUGAAACAACAAAGACUAACGAGUCGAAUGAACACAGUUCACAAUAUCCUCAUCGAUCGAAACUUCCACGCAACAAAGUCUUCAGCACGUGAAAUUGAUAAUUCUUGUACAAUUGUUCGCAUUUUUAGAACAUCUUUCCUUUGAGCAUUCACAUUGAAAGUCACUCGUUUAGUAGUCUUUUUAAAUAAGCACGUGAAGAGAUUUUAAUAGAAACAUUUGUAUCAUAAUACAUUGUAUCAAUUAUUCGGCAUACGGAGAAACGUAAUACUCACGAAGGAGUUAGUAUCCAAAGUAUCAAAAAAUAUACGAAGAGCAAUGUAAUUCUUCGUACAGUUGAGAAAGUUAUUUUGUGAAAAAAAAGAAGACAAGGUAGAAUGGUAUUUUUAGAAUUCAUUUCUCAGCAAUUUGAUCGAUUUAAUUGGUAAUAAUGCUCUUUACUAAACUGGUUUCUUUUAUGGUAUAGUAAUUUUAUUAUAAAUUUUGAUUUCACGAGUGAAAACAUGGAAGAAACAAUAAUUCGAUUUUAUGUUAAAGAAAAAAUGUAGAUACAUUAUCACUAAGUUACAUAACAGAUUAAUGUUAGUUUUCAAAGUGAAAAUUUGUUUUUAAAACCUUUAG